AUGGGAGAAGAGAACAAUAGGAAUAAUGGAAUGGAUCAACUGUUACUUGAUGCUUUGACUGCACGCAUGACUACUUUGAUGGAUCAGAGACUAGAGAACUUCAGGGCUGAGGUUGUGCACUCAGAUCGUGAGAGACCUAGAAGGACUUCAGAUCGAUCUGCUACAGAAAGUUACUAUAGCCAUUCAAACCGAUCCAUUGGUACUAGAAGAAGGAGGCGUGACCAGGAAGAAAGGCCAAAAACCAGUGAUCCUCUUGGUGGUUUGAAACUGAAAAUUCCUGAGUUUAAAGGCACUGCUGAUCCAGAAGAAUACUUAGAGUGGGAAAAGAAGAUUGAACUCGUGUUCAAUUGCAGAGACUACACUGCAGAGUAUAAAAUGAAACUUGCUCCUACUGAGUUCAAGGAGUAUGCUUUAAGUUGGUGGGAUAACUUGGUUACAGCAAGAAGAAGAGCUGGAGAUUUUCCUGUUGAAACCUGGAACCAGAUGAAGGUAAUCAUGAGGAAGAUAUUUGUACCGAGCCACUACCACAGAGAGUUGCACUUCAAGCUCAGAACACUGUCUCAAGGAAGUAGAUCAGUUGAGGAAUAUUAUAAGGAAAUGGAAACCCUUAUGCUGAGAGCUGAUAUACAAGAAGACAGAGAAGCAACAAUGGCCAGAUUCAUGGGUGGUCUAAACAGAGACAUCAUGGACAGACUUGAAGUUCAUCACUACGUUGAGAUGGAAGAGCUUCUGCACAAGGCGAUUAUGUUUGAACAGCAGUUGAAAAGAAGAAGUUACAAGUCUAGCUAUGGAGCCAGCAAACCACACUACCAGAAGGACGAAAAGACCAGAGAAUCUAGACCAUUCUCCAAGCCUAAAGUGGAGGAACAAAGUGUUAAAGGAAAGGAAGUAGCCACUGCAUCCAAAUCCAGAGACAUACAGUGCUACAAGUGUAAAGGAUAUGGACACUAUGCCAGUAGCUGCUCCAACAAAAGGGUAAUACUCAUCAGAGAAAAUGGUGACAUUGAAUCCGAGGAAGAGGUAUCUGAGUCUGAAGAAGAAAGGGUGGAAUUGCCAACUCGUGGAGAGUUACUUGUUACUAGAAGAACACUGAAUCUUCAAGCCAAGACCGAUGGAGAUGAGCAGAGAGAGAAUCUGUUUCACACUCGCUGUAUGGUUCACGGAAAGGUUUGCAGCUUGGUUAUAGAUGGAGGAAGUUGUACCAAUGUUGCAAGUGAAACCAUGGUGGAGAAACUUGGACUGAAGGUCAUAAAAAGACCAACAACUUACAAGUUACAAUGGCUUAAUGAUGAAGGAGAGCUAGAGGUGAAGCAUCAAGUUAAGGUACCAUUGUCUAUUGGGAAGUAUGAGGAAGAGAUACUGUGUGAUGUCUUACCAAUGGAUGCUGGACACAUAUUGCUUGGAAGACCUUGGCAAUCCGACAGAAGAACACUUCAUGAUGGGUUCACAAACAGAUACUCGUUUGAGUACAAAGGAAAGAAGACUGUUUUGGUUCCUUUGACACCGCAGGAAGUUCAUCUAGAUCAGAUAGCCUUGAAGAAGAACAGAGCGUCAUCAGAAUCUAAGAAAAAGCAGCAGACUAAUAUAUUGCUUCAACCAAAGGGAAGUUCUUUACCUCACUUGCUGAUUGUUUUUAAAGAAUGUUUGAACAUAACAAAGCCAGUGCAGGAUCUUCCUAGCAAAAUAGAAUUUCUUUUGCAGGAAUUCAAAGAUGUUUUUCCAGAAGAAGCUCCACAAGGACUGCCACCAAUUAGAGGAAUAGAGCAUCAAAUCGAUUUUAUUCCAGGAGCUUCUCUUCCAAACAAACCAGCCUAUAGAACCAAUCCUCUGGAGACCAAGGAACUACAGCAACAAGUCACUGAGCUUAUGGAGAAGGGUCAUAUUCGUGAAAGCAUGAGCCCAUGUGCAGUUCCAGUCUUGCUUGUUGAUUUGAAAAGUGGGUAUCACCAAAUUAGAAUGAAAGAGGGUGAUGAGUGGAAAACUGCUUUUAAAACGAAGCAGGGGCUAUAUGAAUGCAAGAACUUGGAUGAGCAUGUUGAGCAUCUUAGAAAAGUUGAUGAAGAAAAGAUCAAAGCUAUCAAGGAAUGGCCAAGCCCAAAGACAGUUGGUGAAGUGAGAAGCUUCCAUGGUCUAGCCGGAUUCUACAGAAAAUUUGUCAAGGACUUUAGUACUGUGGCUGCACCACUGACUGAAGUAAUCAAGAAAAACGUUGGGUUCAAGUGGGAACAAUUCUGGUGCAGCCUGGGUAUGGCUUUAAACUCUGGAUCACUUGAAGGUGGAUGGAUAUGGGUUGUUCUAAGAGGCUACUAG